UCUCCUCCCCCAACCCAUCACAGUCAUUUCUGCUUGCGCUGAUGUUGCUGUGUGAGUGUGAUGUAAGUGCAAGACCAUGUUGAAGUUGUUCUCCGCGCGGGACGACGACAACGAAAGCCUCCUGGGGGGUGUCACAGAAGAUGAAGGAGACAACCCAUCUCUCUGUGACACCAAGCUGCCCUGGAUGAGCAGACCAUAUCUCCUCGUCCUCAAAGAUGCGGGAGACAUGUCCAAAUCAGGGCAAAUCAGACCAGAAGUCUCUCCUUCGAAGCCCUUCUCCGAUAAAACGGUCACUCCGAGUGUAGAAAAACCUCCUGCAAAGAUGCUCAAUGUGGAGGAAGGUGGCUGCAAGGUGACACCAUGGGUCGAAGGGCAAGGCGAGGAGUCUCCCAGCCCUCUAGUUCUGAGUUUGGCCGAGGAGGAGGGCAAGCUUAAGACUGUGCCUUCCAAGGAAGACUCGGUGAUUGAGGAGAAGGAGAUGGAGGAAUCCGAAGACUUCCAGAAUCAUCUUAAAGAUGUUUUGUCCAUUGGAGAAGAGGAGGGAAAAGCCUCCACGUCCUCGCCAGUCAAUCCUGACAAUGAGUCCGGUCCGGUCGGGAUCAUGAGCAAGGAGCGAUCUGACGCAUUGGGAGAGGUGGCUCCGGUCUGGAUCCCCGACGCCGAGGCCCACGUGUGCAUGAAGUGCGGCAUCAAGUUCACGUUUACCAAGCGGAGGCACCACUGUCGCGCCUGUGGCAAGGUGUUUUGUGCACUUUGCUCCGGCCUCAAGUUCAGACUUUCACAUCUGGACGGCAAGGAGGGGCGGGUUUGUGUUUCCUGUCAUUCAACUCUCAUUAAAAGCACAUCGCCGAGGGUGAGAAGGAGGGUGUGGUUCGCAGACGAGCUCCUGAUCCAAAAACAGUCAGAGUCCGCUCCCGCCACACCGGUCAGAGGGCCAGCUUUGCCACCUUUGAGGAGCCGAGCGGCACGCAGCGGGACUGUCAAAAGUCCGGGAGGGUCGCCACAGCUCAGGAGGGCCUCCAGACCACAUGGGGGUGCUAAUGAGGCGUGUGCUGCUCGAAAUUGGGGAACGUCUACUCUUGUGAGCAGCUCCUCUAACCUCAUCCCGCUCGAAGGCCUGCCGCCCAUCCUCACUUCCACAGGCGUCAAAGGAGAUUACACCGUAGAGGAGCAGCCCUCGGAGACGUUGCUCAUCCACGAGCUGGAGAGCGGCCGCUCCAACCCCUUGGUGUUUGUCCUUAAUGCUAAUCUGCUCGCCAUGGUCAAGAUGGUCAACUAUGUUAAUAGGAAAUGUUGGUGCGUGACCACCAAGGGGAUGCACGCUGUUGGCCAGGUGGAAGUGAUGGUGCUCCUGCAGUGUCUCCCAGAGGAGAAAAGCUUUCCUAGCGACAUCUUCAACCACUUUAUCCAACUGUAUAAGGACAGCCUCACUGGGAAGGUGAUCAAGCACCUGUCACUGUCCCUGUCCACCGGCUGCUUCCUGGGCAGUGAUGAACACGCGGGCUUCUUGUUUGUCCGUCCCACUCGUCAGUCCCUUCAGGGUCUUCCCCUACCCAGUCAGCCGUACCUCUUCGGUCUGCUGCUCCAUAGGGCCGAAGUGGUUUGGGCCAAGAUGUUCCCUCUCCGCCUCAUGCUGCGCCUAGGGGCUGAGUACAGAUUUUACCCUUGCCCACUAUACAGCGUGCGUUUUCGAAAGCCUUUGUUCGGAGACGUCGGCCACACAGUCAUGAGGCUUUUAGUGGAUUUUAGGAAUUUCCGUUACAGUCUCCCAAUGGUUCAGGGGCUCACCAUGGACCUGGAGGCUCAAAAAACCUGCAUAAAGAUACCGACGACAGGGUACAAUGAGUUGAUGAAAGCAAUGAACAAGUGCAACGAGCACGUGCUGGCUAUGGGAGCUUGCUUCAACGAGGAGGCCGACUCGCACCUCAUCUGCGUGCAAAAAGAUGACGGCCAGUAUCAGACGCAAGCCAUCAGUAUCCAUAACCAGCCCCGCAAAGUCACCGGAUCCUGUUUUUUCAUCUUCAGCAGUGCCCUGAAAGCAACAGCAGGUUACUUUGCCAAAUCCAGCAUCGUAGAAGAUGGCUUAAUGGUGCAAAUCACCCCAGAGACCAUGGCAGAGCUGCGCAGGUCUCUUCGGGAGAUGAAGGACUACGUCGUCACUUGUGGCCGUGUGGAUCGAGCGGACAGCCAGGAGCUUGUUUGUGUUCAGUGGGUGGAGGCCAAGUGCCUCCUCAAUAAAGGGGUUGUAAGUCCCAUUGAUGGUAAAUCCAUGGAAUCCAUAAGUAGCACAAAGAUGUUCCAGAAAUCCGAAUACAAAGAAAAUGGAAAGAUUAUCCACUGGACAGAGGUGUUCUACCUACAGCGGGCCGAGCCACCAAAAGGUAUAGCAGCUAACGCACCGGAACACAACCGGCUGACGGAGCGGAUAGCCAGAGCCUUUUGCUUGGCGCUGUGUCCGUACCUCAAACUACUCAAGGAGGACGGCAUGGCCAAGUUGGGCCUGCGUGUCACCUUUGACCCCCAGCAGGUGGGCUUCGUGGCAGGUAGCAACGGGCACCCUCUGCCCCCUCAGUACCUGAACGCCCUGGACACCACUCUCAUCCCCGUCAUCCAUAGCAGAGGGCGCAAGAGGGGCGACGAGCCCGUGGUGAUGGAGCUCAUCUUUUACAUCCUGGAGUACAUCACUUAAAACAAAUCCCACCUGACGACAAGUUGAUUUUUUUCCCCUGAAAGACAAUCCACUCACGAGUGGUGAGAACUCACUCGUCGUAGUGGUUUUCAGAGCUUACCCAGCAGCAGCGUGGGUAGCGAGCAAUCAACCAAGAAAUCAAAUAAACAGCAUUAAGUAGCAACCCCACAGCUCGCGUGGGUAAAAUACCUUUAACGUAGAAGCUGGAAUCAGCCCAUGCUAGUUGAAAUCAAAGAGAAUGACUUUUAGUGAGUAGUGGAUGCACAUUGAAUGAAUGCCUGAACGGUGGCCUUGCCUUGAAUGGAAUGUUCUAAAAUUAAAUUUUAAGCUUGGAAAUAAACUUUGCAGCAAAAUAAGUCAUCUUUCUGUAGAAAGAAUGGCGGAGUUUGACUUUUGGGGCAGGGGGGGCACAACAUGUUGAUAACCCCGAAACGCAGUGUCAGCAAUAAAAUUAACAUAUCAGAAUAUUCAUAAUAAUAAGUUGAAAAUAAGCGUUUUUUUUGUUUCCCAUCAUUUUUGAGGGGAAUUCUUAAAUCAGGAUGCUUGGGACAGCUAUACUUUUCGCCAAGAUCGUCAUUCAUUGAAUAUGGUACGCCUGCCGGCGUUGUCAAAUUUUGCACCCCAUCUGAAAUUGCAACUUUGUGUUAAAGAUGGCCGCGAAUACAGCGGUUACAAAGUAAACACUCCAAACUUUAUUUAAAUUAAGGAAUAUUUGCUUACGUUUGAUCAUGGACGGACAUGUAGAAAAGUUCUACUCAGACACAUCCUGCCAUGUUAGCUGCACACAACAACUGCAUGCCGCUCUCUCACUGUUUAUGUCUUAUGGCCCACGGGACAAUAUUUUGCGGCCCCCAUUUGACAUCCAACUGUAGUGUUACUGUUGCCUGCACGUAAUUUUAUUAUUUUACAAGCAGAAAAGCCCGGCGUUUGCCGGGCCAUAUACUUCAUUAUCAGUUGACGAGACACUGGGCUCUAGGCGGAUCUAUAGGGGGCCUAUUUUUUUUAAAACUUUCAAAUUCAAAUAUUUUCAUAACCAGAGCCGCUAGCGACUUAAAACCAGUUUCCCUAAUAAAAUCCCCAAUAACAAUUUUUUUUUUGUACAAGUAUAACAAAACCUAUAAAAUUCUCAAAUUUUACGCUAGAUGCACAAAAAUCCCCAAAAGCAGAGAUAAUCAUUAUAAUAAGUUACCCUGCUAAGCCAGAAAACUGGCUUCGUAGUAUAGGCCACUGGCCUCUGCCUAUUACAGGCCUCUCUAAUAUUUUCAAGUGGGAGAACUUGCACAAUUAGUGGUUGACUAAAUAAUUAUUUGCCCCACUGUAUGUGUUGUGGUUUUUGCUCAACUGGAUUUCUAACAUGGAGCUGAACGGCAAACUUCAAAGUGCAAUGUUUAUGACUUCAGUGGUAUUUUUUUCAACUAUGUGUUAAUUAUAAUGGGUUGCAGGGGUGUUAAACUACAGUGCUCUCUGUCUUAGUGAGCAUGCAGUCUCUUCUGAUAUUCUACAGAAGUUAAACAUAUUUGUAGAGGAAAAAAUAUACUAAAAUGCUAUAUUGCUUCACCAUGAAGUGUGCAUAGACUUCAUAACCUAUUUACAUGACACGGGAAACGGGGCUGAUUCGUAGGGGGAUUAUUUUCAAGAACUUCAAAUUCAAUUAUUUUCAAAACUAAAGCUGCUACCAACACAAACCUACAGUGAAUCACAAAAGUGAGUACACCCCUUGCAUUUCUGUAUUUAUCUCUUUUCAUGGGACAACACUGACAAAAUAACACUUUGACACAAUGAAAAGUAGUCUGUGUGCAGCUUAUAUAAUAGUUAAUUUAUUUCCCCCUCAAAAUAACUCAAAAUAUAGCCAUUAAUAUCCAGGCCCCUGGCAACAAAAGUGAGUACACCCCUUAGAAACUACGUACAUCCCUAAAUGUCCAAAUUGAGUACUGCUUGUCAUUUUCCCUACAAAAUGUCAUGUGUUACAGGAGUGCUGUCAGCAUUGCUGCAGAGAUUGAAGAGGUGUGUGUGUGUGUGUGUGUGUGGGAGUUCGGGUCAGCUUGUUAGUGCCCAGACCAUACGCCGUACUCUACAUCAAAUUGGUGCGCAUGGCUGUCACCCCAGGAGGAAGCCUCUUCUGAAGACGGUACACAAGAAAGCCCGCAAACAGUUUACUGAAGACAUGUCAACAAAGCACACGGUUUACUGGAACUAUGUCCUAUGGUCUGAUGAGACGAAGAUUAAUUUGUUUGGUUCCGAUGAGCUCAAGCAUGUGUGGCGGCGUCCAGGUGAGGAGUACAAAGAUAAAUGUGUCAUGCGUACAAUCAAGCAUGGUGGUGGGAAUGAAUAGAAUAGCCCUUUAUUGUCAUUAUACAGAUGUACAAUAAAAACUGUGGAGCAUUUCCCUUUGCAGUGCAUGAUAAGUUAAAAUCUCAAAAGUGACUUGCGAGUACAAAAUCAAAAUAACUAUAGAAUGCAUAUGAGAUUGCCCUAUGUUCAGGCAGUGCAAAUGAUUGGAGUGAAGUAGCAGCAUUUUGACAGUUAAGGCUUUGAAUAUUGCAGGUGAGUAAGUAUUGCACUUAAAAUAUUGCACAUAAAUGAUUAUUGGACGAUGCCUUGGAGCAUUUCUCUUUGCAGUGCAUGAUAAAAUCUCAAAAGUGACUUGCAAGUAUAAAAUCUAAAUAAACAAAUACAAAAUGCGUAUGAGAUGGCCUUUUAUAGAUAUGGACUUAAAACAGUUGAUUCUUGGUUAAAAGCAAAAGAAACUGCGCAGGUAGCACUUAUUUUACAUAAAAAUGGCGACUGUGCGGCUCAACCUUAAGUUCACUGUGGCGCCGUCUUACUCUCUUUAUACGCUAAAAUUCUUGGGAAUAAAUGCUUAAAUC